AUGGCAAACCUAAUUCAUUGCAAUAAUGGAUAUGUUUGCUCGGAAGGACUCACAGAAUUCCUAUUGAGCUUAAUCUAUCUCUCCUAUUUAGUCACGAGAUAUAGAAUAAUUACCCAGGAUAAAAGCGGAGUCCUGGUUCAAAUAGAUAGAUAUUUAUGUUUUGCAGCUUUGAUCUAAAUAUUUUUACAGACCAUUUAUUUUUUAUACUUUGGUAAGUUGCCUUAAUCUAUUAGUUGUGCAGAUAAUGAUUUUGUAUUGUCAACUAUUAAAUGCAUGGGAAUAGCAAUGCAAAUUAUGAUUUGCAAUAUUUUGGGAUCUAUAGUGGCUGAUGAAGAAUAGGCUCCAAAAGUUUGGUAAUUGGCUAGAGCAUUACUUAUAGGCGCGUUUAUUUUAUGGUUUUGGGCAGGCAUAGUUCAUAAAAGUGCAAUCGAGUAAAUUAUUAUAUAAUGUUUACUAGUUAUAAUUGUGUUUAAGUUGAUUACCUAAUAGUUUCAAGUUUUGGACUCAUUUUGGCUGGUGGUUCAUUUUACAUGGGCAAUAUGGCAUUAGAAGGUCAUUUGGAUUAUAAAAAUAAAUUGGUUUAAUAUUCUUUUAAUUUGUUUUAAGGAUAUUGCAAGAUCUGGAAACAUUUAAGUUUAAUAACAUGCCCAAAAAUAUGAAUAAGUAUUAAUUAGAAUUAAAUAAAUCACAUUAAUGCAUUGUAUUUAAUAAUAUUAUUAGAUUGUGGAUUGCUACAAUUUGGAGUAUAAUUUGCGUUCGACAUAUUUACCUAUUUCAAAUGUGAAAAUUCAAGGGAAUGCUCUAAUUAUUACAAUGCUUCAUCGACUCUUUCGGUUUUAUUUAUUGCUUAAUUAUAUUAAGGUUCUUUAUUUGACUAUUUUCAAAUUGAUUUAGUUCACUACACUUCCUGCUUCCAUUUUCUGGAUAUUUUAUGAAAUGAAUAAAACUAAAUUCCAAGAAGAAGAUAGAAAUACAUUUGAGAUGAAUAUCACUUAAUGA